GACCGAAUGAAAACCGGAAGCGGAAGCGGAAGCGCUGCCUGCCAAACCGCGUUCCUCUUCGGUUGGGCGGACAUCCCUCCCCCUUUCUCUGUUCCCGGCGUAAAGCGAGGGCGGCGGGGUCCGGAACGUGGUGUUAUAACCGCCCUAACGGCCGCUCGUCCGCGUCCUCUCCCUUGGGGGAGCGAGAGCUGCUGGCCGGAGAGGGAUCCCCGCCCCCGCCCGCACGCUGAGCAGCCCUGCCCCUCUCUCUGCCUGUGGGUGCUGGGCUCCCGCGUCUCUGUCAGGCAGCCGCUAUGUCUGACAAGGAGUUUAUGUGGGCCCUCAAAAAUGGAGACCUGGAUGAGGUGAAGGACUAUGUGGCCAAGGGUGAAGAUGUCAAUCGGACACUGGAAGGUGGGAGGAAACCUCUUCAUUAUGCAGCAGAUUGUGGGCAGCUUGAGAUUCUGGAAUUUCUGCUAUUAAAAGGAGCUGAUAUUAAUGCUCCAGAUAAACAUCAUAUCACACCUCUUCUAUCAGCAGUAUAUGAGGGUCAUGUCACUUGUGUGAAAUUACUUCUGUCAAAGGACUUUGAAUCCCCUAUUUACUGCUGCUUUGCAGAAAGGAUAAAACAUGGAGGCCUUUGAAGGAGUAAAAUUGAUACAGUCCCAGGGUGCUGAUAAGACUGUGAAAGGCCCAGAUGGACUAACAGCCUUUGAAGCUACUGACAACCAGGCAAUCAAAGCUCUUCUUCAGUGACGGAUGGACUGAUACAACUAAUGUAUUUUCUGUGGCCUCACACUGCUGCCUGUCUGUCACUCUUUGCUUCUUCCAGCUUCUUCAGCUAAAUACUUUUUUGGGGGGGUGGGGUGGGGAGGGCGUUGUCAGUACAUCAGACUAACUAAAGGUCUCUGUUUAAAAAAAAAAAAAUCUGUUUUUGAAGAGAAUGGAAAUCUAUACAAUCAAUGUCCUUAGGAUUUGCUUCAUGCACAAUCUUCCCUCUCUCCCCUCCCCCAUUUAUAGUGUAAACAAACGUCUUCUGCAGGAGGGGAAAGAACAUACACUUCAAAAUUGGGUGUUAUGCCUCCCUGACAGUUUUGUGUUGAAAAAUCAGUGUAGACAAAGAUAGUGUUUAAAUACUCUAAGAUGCUAACUAAGACAGUGGUCCAAUGCUGUUAGUGUCUGCUGUGAUGUAAAAUGUAGCCACUGAGGCAGUUGAUAGCUACAUCCAUCUGCUUUAAAGCAUAUGUUGAAAUACUGAAGACUUCUGAUACUAGUUAAAGGCUCUGUCUCUACCUUGACUAAUCAGAUGCCGCACUAACCUUCCUUUCACUCCUUGUAAAUCAAGAGAGAUCAGUUUUUAGGCAAGACCUUGUUAUAUUCCAAAAGACCAAGAUACCUUUAGAAGAUUGGAUGUUGGGUUCUCCCUCCACCCCUCCAGUCUGGUCAGUUCUGGACAAGAACACAAUCUGACUUGUAAUAUUUUUUUGUGAUAAAUCUCUCUGCAGUUUAUCCUUUUAGGUUGUCAGUUGGAAUUUCCUCAUUUACCAUGUCAAUAUAAUCAACAUAGGUGCAUAUGGUGAAAACUGCAAGUCCUCUGCUAUCCAAGAAGAACUUCUCUGCUUAAUUUAAACUUAGUGCUGCUAGUAAUUUAGAUGUUCUCAGUAAAACAUAUCAAAAUUGCUAAAUGUUUUUUGCUAUAGUUUCAAAAAAUAUUACAUGAAGCACUAUCUGUGUUCUACUAUCAGAAAAAGACUGAAAUGCAAUUUAACUGAAAUCUAUAACUAUCAGAGAAGAAAAUAAGGCGUUUCCUAAGAUUCCUUAUCAAUUGGCUGAAUGUUUUUAACAGAGUAAUGAACCUCUUUCCAAAGCUUCUGCUUAAUUCCUGUAUCCUUUAUGGUCCUACAGACAUAUUUAAGUUUCAUCUGGACGUUAUUGUACCAGUAAAUAUUACAGCAGUAGAUAACUCAUUGGAAGCAAAUUUAAAAUUGUAGCAAGGGAUCCCCACCUCAUUCGCUCCAAAAAAGUCUGAGCUCUUGUUUUCAGCUUUAAUUUGUAUUAGACACCUACCAGCUCACCCAAACAGUUUUUUUCAUAGUAUUUUUUAAAGAGGCAUACAUUAUAUAAAGAUAUAUCUGUUUGGGAGGUUGGCACGUGCAACUUUCAGGCAUUAUGGUAACAUUCAGAAAACAUCACUCAGUCUUAAACAUGAUGUUUAAACAAAACAAGCAAGCCUUAUUUUUAUUUCUCAUGUUUGGAAUUGAUGUCAGGAAGGUGGGCAAUACAGUUUCUGGUAACUGCCAUCAAGAUAAAUAUGUAUUGACCCAUUUUGGGUUCGUAUUUUAACCAUGUUGCAUACAAUUGAAUGUGAGUCAAUUAUGAACAACCUUGUAUUUAGAAUGUAAAAUGAGAACAGACGGAAUUAUAAAUAUAGAACAUCCCCACAUGAUUUUAAAAAAAAUCCAGAAUAGUCAUUCUGGCCAAUGAGAAACUGUAGUGAGUAACUAUUGCUGGUUUCUUAGAUUUCUGGGAGGUAUGAAUGGCAGUAGAAGGAUAAGAAAUAUUUUAAACUAUAACCACUGAGUAACUGGUAAUGAACAAACACACUUGGCUAAUUUUUUUUUGUAUUAAGUCUUUAAAAUAAAGAUCUCUGUAAUCAAUCUCUAAUCAAUGCUGGACCAUCAUAGUCUCAUUACAGUAGUGUGGAUGCUGAAUAAAAUUCUGAUAUUCUGAAUCACUGAAAUAAUUAGUACUAUGUUUGCAUAAACUAGUCUUAUGCUGUUAAAUACUAAGCCAGAAAACUGCAAAUUGAAAUUAUUUUUUUACUUUCAAGUUUAAAGAAUUGUCAGAUUGUAUACUUCACCAUAACCUCUUACCAUCUUUUUUCCUCUUUGCCUUGCCCUUCUCCAUCUCAUUCACCCCUACCUCCCACUUAAGAGGAGAUUAUUAUAGCACUGGAUCAUUUGGACCUUUUUUGUACUGUUCCUCUGGUGAUGAUAGAGGUUAUUUGCCUUCAUUUUCUACAAUUAUUUAAACUUUUUAAUUUUUCUUGAUCUAUUUCACAUGAAGAAAUCUGCAAAAAAAUUUUUGAUAAGACCACGUUUAAUUUGACUGAAUAAAAAUCCAGGCCACUUUGCCAGAAUGGUUAGAGGAUUGAUAUUUAAAUCUUUAUUUUACUAAAGAAGAAUUUGUUUCCUUUUUGCACUACAUAAAAGGUUGUCAUUUUUGUCCAAGUUUUUAAAGAGCUAUAAAUGCUUUAAUCUUUGUUUUGUGUAGACAAUAGGUUUGUUAAUGCACUUCCUUGUCAUCACAUUGUGAGAAAUUGGUUUGCUACCUGUUUCUCUAGCCCUUCUAUGUGCGAAAUUGACAAAAUGUAAAUUUUUGAAUGCACAGAAAACUAAUAUAGAAACACAAAGGCUUAAAUAUCUUGUCAAAGCCAACUGGAAAUAUAUACAUUUAGAAAUCAAUUUACUUUGUGUAGCUUUCCCUUUCAAAUUCGGGUUGAGUAUUUUAAAAUUAAAUCGGAGGUCUUACAUUCUCUGUUCUCUUUUUUUCAUUGAAAUAAAUCUUUGAAUCUUAAAUGGAACUUCUCCUUUAAUACAAUAUUGAAUGCAUUAUUUUGUUUGUAGAAGAGGCUGGUAAGAGUGGAGUGUCCUAGUUCAAGCAAUUGCAGUGUUGCAUGCAAAAUUUCAAAAUGAACUGUCUUAAUUAUAUUUUGUAAAUGAAGAAACAAUCAUAUCUUUCUACGCAGUGAUGGAAGAAAAUUAGUGCUUUAUGCAUUUUGAUAUUCCUCUUUUCACCAGUGUAGCUAUUUUGACACAGGUCUAUCGUUAUCAUGGUUCAUUGACAUCAGAAUGCUAAAUGAUGAUGUAUUUUUAAGAUUGUUGCAAGAAUGAAUGAAUAAAAUAAACUUGAAUUGUGCUACAGAA